AUGUUCAGACGGCGACCCGUACCAAGUUCUGCAAGCGAAGUGAGAAAUGCGCGAACGAAUUGCGGAGAUUCCCUUGCCGAGGGCAGUGAGUCUGCACCAGAGGUUUCUGUUAAUGUGAAGCCUUCGUGGAGCCGACACGGAGUCGCACAGACAUGGUCGAGAAAAGGCGCUUUAGCGCAAAUAGUUGGAAAUACGCAGGUCAACAAACCUCCAACACCACAUCGAUAUGCCAACCGAAAUGCCGUACACGCUAGCCGCGUCUGUGGCGUGCUGCCCGACCGGAUGCAAGUGCAACAGCGCGAGGAAAUAGACCCGCUGGACGAUGAGCUCAGUGGAAAUGGCAUAGAGCACCGAAUCGAUGACGCUUGGGCGGUGAUGUCAGAGGGUUGCAGUGACGCCAUGGACCUGAUGCAGAAGAAGGCGCAAGCAAUGCUUCGGGCCAGGCUGGCAGAAGAGGUCGGUGACUUCGAUGCUCGAGUCCACCGCGAGUGCGUUGGACUUGUGGCAGCUCACAAGCAGUGUGUGCUAAAUGCCGCGAAGGAGGGCCUCGAGCGAAGCUUGCCAGCUCUGGACGUGGUUCGAGCUUGCAAGCAGCCUUCACGCUGGCAGGCGUGGAGUGGUGCGAAUGCGGAGCCUGGGCCGAACGGUCCUUCAGAACGUACUUCAAGUUCAGACUGGAUGUCCACGACAUGUCCCACGGAACGACUUGGACCAUCGCCAGCCAUGACAGAGUUGCGAAGCCCGACACCGCUGGGUGUGUCUGGCCCAGUGCAGUCUGCCACGUUCACAAGGGGGCUCCUGAGCAGGCUGAAACUUUGA